AAAGACAAAACCACCGGCACUAUAGCAAAACCACUAUUCACUGCAGAAAGUCGUCUUCAAAACCACUUCAAAGAGAUAAAAUGUAUGGUUAUAAAAAUUAAAAGAGUUGGUUUGCUAGUUUUAAAGUUGCUGGAGGAAAAAAAUAGACUCCCGUCUAAAGUUCAAGGAGAAAAAUUAGACUUUUCGAGAAGCACAACUUGGGCUACAUUCUUGCCCAUGAGCAACUGAGGCUCGGCUCGUCCUGCGUAACCCAGGGCCUCAGGCCUCAGCCUUGUCGCUCACCCUUCGCACUGGACCCCAUUCAGCGCCCGCGCACACGCGUGCCGGCCCAUCGGCUCCCCGCGACAGCGCGUCGCCACAUAAGUCCCGUGAAUCGCGCGGACGGCAGCCCAUUCCAUCGACAUCGACCGGUUGCCCGUGCCCCGUCCAUCCAUUCCAUCCGCGCGUGGCGUCACCCACCGCCACCCCGCUGCCCUCUCAUCGGCGCCUGCGCCUCGUCCGCUUUCCCCAACUCCCACUCCAACCACCACCGCCCAAAAUAAUCCCGCGUCGCCUCGCCUACCUGUCCCGGCGCGACGCCAUGCUCUCUAUCUCCUUCCUCGCCAAGCUCCUCGCUAUCCUCCUCCAGGGCAUCCUCCUCCACCUCCACGCCCCCACCAUCCCGUCCUUCGCGCACCACUUCUUCUCCACCUGACGGUCGAACUCACCUCUGCUGCUCCCAUGCCGAGAGCUCUGCAGAGAUCUGGCAGCAACAGCCUGGCCUCCCUGCUCCGCGCCGAGCCACCGGACGAUGUGCUCCCCGACUCGAAGCGGGAUGGCCGCCGCCGCAUGAGGAGGAGGAGGAGCUGCCUCCGGCUGCCCCUCGGCGCCGCCGGUGGGUGCCGCGUCUGCGCAUGCGACGAGAUGGACUCCUCCGCCGCGGCCCCGCGCCGGCGCACGCCGGGGAACGACGACGAAGACGAGGAUGGCGCGGCGGCAGUGCAGUGCUUCGCCUGGAAGAAGGGUGCCGCCGCCGACGCCGCGGCGCACCGGCCGUCGGGAGCUGGUGCGGGUGAGGUGGUGGUGACGGAGGCGGUCGCGGCCGCGGCGUCCGUGGCGGUGCUCCCGGACGACGUGAUGGAGAUGGUGCUGUGCCGGCUGCCGCUGGCCUCGCUCCUGGCGGCGCGGUGCGUGUGCAGGCGGUGGAGGGACCUCACCGUCGCGCCGCAGUUCCUGCGGAUGCGCCGCGAGGAGGAGCCCGGGCCGCGACGGACGCCCUGGCUGUUCCUGUUCGGGGUGGACGGCGACGUCGGGUGGGGCGCCGCCCCUGCUCCCGCCGUGCACGCGCUCGACGUGGCCGCGCACCGGUGGUGCCGUGUCGGGGCGGACGGGCUCAAGGGGAGGUUCUUGUUCUCCGUCGCCGGCGUCGGGGACGACCUCUACGUCGUCGGUGGCCGGUCCGGUGGCUCGGAUGCCAUCCACAGCAAGGUGAAGACGCACAAGGGAGUGCUGGUGUUCAGCCCUCUUGUCGGCUCGUGGCGGAAGGCGGCGCCCAUGCGGACCCCGCGGUCUCGCCCGGUGCUGGGCGUGUUUGAGAUGUCCGCUAGCUGCAGCAUUCUCCACACUCGCGCAGAGAAGAAUGUCCGGCGCGGCAAGUCUCGGUUCGGUGGCGCCUCCGCUGUGUACGAGGACCCGCACCGGCUCUCCCUCAGGCGCCUCCGGCUCAAGGACAUGCUGAACGAGGACACUGAUUCCACUGGCCUCGCUUCGUCUCAUCAUGGCAAAUCCGCCGGACAGGAGGGCGAGGACGGCCAACCGAGGCUCGCCAUCGUCGCCGUCGGUGGGCGCGGCCGCUGGGAUGAGCCACUGGUGUCAGGGGAGAUAUACGAUCCCUUGGUCGACAAGUGGGUUGAGAUUGCCGGGUUUCCCACCGACGUCGGGCUGGCCUCCUCCGGCGUGGUCGGUGGCCGGAUGUUCUACGUGUACUGCGAGUCCGACACGCUCGUCGCCUACCAUCUGGACAAGGGCUCCUGGGUCGUCUUCCAGACGCUGCCCCCGCCUCCGCGGCUCCGCGACUACGCCCCGACGCUGGUGUGCUGCGCGUCGCGGCUGUUCAUGCUCUGCGUGUCGUGGUGCGACCGCCACGGGCCGGUGAACCGGAGGGAGAAGGUGGUGCGGAAGCUGUUCGAGCUCGACCUCAGCUCGCUCCAGUGGACCGAGGCGUCGGCGCACCCGGACGCGCCGAUGGAUCCCCACGCGGCGUUCGCCGUCGGGAAGGACAGGGUCUACGCCGUCGAGAUGUUCAGGAUCUUCGGCAAGGUGCUCGAUUUCGUUACGGCCUGCCGGGUUUCGGACACCGAACAGAAAUGGAGCCGGGUUGGCCGGGAAAACGCGGCGACGGAGGCCGACGCCAUGUCCUGCAGGCUGAAAUCCAUGGCUGUCCUGCACUUGUAACUGCUGCUUACUUUUGAUUCUUCUCCCUAGUCUGCUUGCACAGAUUUGUUGUUUCCAUGAACAGACAUGAUGUUUACACAUCACAGCCAUUGCAUUCUUCAUUUAUUUGUUGACAUAAUUACAGUGACGAUUCAUGCUCA